GGGGUUGGGGAUAUGCUGACACAGUCUCGCUCGCAGGAUGUGCGACCGGAAUGGCGGGAGGCGGCUCCGGCAGUGGCUGAUCGAGCAGAUCGACAGCGAGCUCUACCCUGGGCUCAUCUGGGAGAAUGAGGAGAAAACCAUGUUCCGCAUCCCAUGGAAGCACGCCGGGAAGCAGGACUACAACCAGGAGGUGGAUGCGUCUAUUUUCAAGGCUUGGGCCGUCUUCAAGGGCAAGUUCAAGGAGGGCGACAAAGCGGAGCCGGCCACGUGGAAGACCCGGCUCCGCUGCGCCCUGAACAAGAGCCCCGACUUCGAGGAGGUGACGGAUCGCUCCCAGCUGGACAUCUCGGAGCCCUACAAGGUCUAUCGCAUCGUCCCCGAGGAGGAGCAGAAGUGCAAGAUCGGCAUUGCCAGCGGGAGCAGCUUGGCUGAGGUUACGGACAUGGACUGCAGCCCCUCUGCGAUCGAUGACCUGAUCAAAGAGCCCCCGUGCGUGGACGAGUACCUGGGUAUCAUCAAGAGAAGCCCCUCACCACCGCAGGAGACGUGCAGAAACCCCCCGAUACCGGACUGGUGGGUGCAGCAGCCCAGUCCCACUUUGCCCCUGAUGAAUGGAUACCCCAGCUACGAGCAGCACCACUCAGGCUACUCCCAGAUGGUGAUCACCUUCUAUUAUGGAGGGAGGCUGGCUGGCCACAUCACCACCUCUUACCCCGAGGGCUGCCGGAUCUCGCUGAGCCAACCCUCUGGUCACAGCGAGAAGCUCUACGCGCCCGACACCCUGGAGCACGUGAGGUUCCCGUCGGCCGACAUGAUCCAGAAUGACCGUCAGAAGCAGAUCACCAAGAAGCUCUUCGGGCACCUGGAACGGGGGGUCCUGCUGCACAGCAACAAGCAGGGCAUCUUCAUCAAGAGGCUGUGCCAAGGCAGGGUCUUCUGGAGCGGGAACACCAUGGUGUACAAGGACAGGCCCAACAAGCUGGACCGGGAUGAAGUGGUGAAGAUAUUUGACACCAACCAGUUCUUCCGAGAGCUGCAGCAGUGCCACAACCAAGGCCGCUUCCCAGACAGCAGAGUGAUGCUCUGCUUUGGCGAGGAGUUCCCGGACGCGGUGCCGCUGCGCUGCAAGCUCAUCCUUGUUCAGGUGGAGCAGCUCUGCGUGCGGCAGGUGGUGGAGGAGGCCACCAAGACGUGCGGCAGCAGCCCCAUGCUCCCGCUGGCCGAGGAGGCGCAGCCCGACCAGGUCUACAGGAUCUUCCAGGCCAUCUGCGGGCCGCGCCCGCUCUCCCGAGAGAACCUGCCGAUUGCGGUCUGA